AUGUCGGCAGAAGACCGAGAAGCUCAGGAGGAUGAAUUGCUGGCCCUGGCGAGUAUUUAUGAUGGAGAUGAAUUUAGAAAAGCAGAGUCUGUCCAAGGUGGAGAAACGAGGAUCUAUUUGGACUUGCCACAGAAUUUCAAGAUAUUUGUGAACGGCAAUUCAAAUGAGUGUCUCCAGAAUAGUGGCUUUGAAUACACCAUUUGCUUUCUGCCUCCACUUGUGCUGAACUUUGAACUGCCACCAGAUUAUCCAUCCUCCUCCCCACCUUCAUUCACACUUAGUGGCAAAUGGCUGUCACCAACUCAGCUGUCUGCUCUCUGCAAGCACCUAGACAACUUGUGGGAAGAACACCGUGGCAGUGUGGUCCUCUUUGCCUGGAUGCAGUUUCUUAAGGAGGAGACCCUAGGGUACCUGAAUAUUGUCUCUCCUUUCGAACUCAAGAUUGGUUCUCAGAAAAAAUUGCAGAGAAGGACGGCUCAAGCCUCUGGCAACACAGAGCUAGAUUGUAGAGGAGCCGCUGGAUCUGCUCUAGACCAAGAGGAAGCUGUGGAUGAGAGAGCCGUGCAGGAUGUGGAAUCAUUGUCCAAUCUGAUCCAGGAAAUCUUGGACUUUGAUCAAGCUCAGCAGAUAAAGUGCUUCAAUAGUAAAUUGUUCCUGUGCAAUAUCUGUUUCUGUGAGAAGCUGGGUAGUGAAUGCAUGCACUUCUUGGAGUGCAGGCAUGUGUACUGCAAAGCCUGUCUGAAGGACUACUUUGAGAUCCAGAUCAAAGAUGGCCAAGUUCAAUGCCUCAACUGCCCAGAACCCAAGUGCCCUUCAGUGGCUACUCCUGGUCAGGUCAAAGAGCUAGUAGAAGCAGAGUUAUUUGCUCGUUAUGAUCGGCUUCUUCUCCAGUCUACCUUGGACCUGAUGGCAGAUGUGGUGUACUGCCCCCGGCCAUGCUGCCAAUUGCCUGUGAUGCAGGAGCCUGGCUGUACCAUGGGCAUCUGCUCCAGCUGCAAUUUUGCCUUCUGUACCUUAUGCAGAUUGACCUACCAUGGCGUCUCUCCAUGUAAGCUCACUGCAGAAAAAUUAAUAGACUUACAAAAUGAGUACCUGCAAGCAGAUGAGGACAAUAAAAGAUUUCUGGAACAGAGGUAUGGUAAGAGGGUGAUUCAGAAGGCACUGGAAGAAAUGGAAAGUAAAGAGUGGCUAGAAAAGAACUCAAAGAACUGCCCAAAUUGUGGAACUCCCAUAGAGAAAUUAGAUGGAUGUAACAAGAUGACAUGUACUGGUUGUAUGCAAUAUUUCUGUUGGAUUUGCAUGGGUUCUCUCUCUAGAGCAAACCCUUAUAAACAUUUCACUGAUCCUGCUUCCCUGUGUUUUAACCGGUUGUUCUAUGCUGUGGAUGUUGAUGAAGAUAUUUGGGAAGAUGAGAUUGAAGAAGACUAG